AAAGAAAAACUGGGGGAGAAAAAAACGUCAGCCGUUGGAUUGAAUCAUUAAGUUCACCGUGACGUAUCGAGAUAAUCAAUUGAACACCGCCCUUUCUCCUCUUUGCGAUAUUUCUUCUUCUUCCACAUCAGUGCUUGAACCACAGUUUGGUUCCCAGAUAAUGGCCAAGGAAACACACACCGAUGACUUAGACGAGCUUCUCGACAGCGCCUUGGAUGAUUUCAAGGAUCUCAAUCUUACUCAAAGAAAUGAAGGGGUGAAUAAAGAAGAAGGUGGCAAAGAAGAGAUGGAGUCAUUGCCUAGUGGAGUUCAAGGUCUUGGAAUGGGAUUACCAGACAUGAGGACCAAGAAGAAAGGAAAGAGCAAGGUUGCUAAAGAGGACCAUGUUGCUGAGGCUCUUGAUAAACUCAGGGAACAAACCAGAGAAACUGUCAAAGGGCUAGGGUCCUUGUCUUCCAAGCAGCUGCUGCCGCCGGGUUCUUCUGAUGAUGCUAUGGUUGAAGAUUGGAUCAAGCAAUUCGAGGAUCUUACUGGAUCUCAGGACUUGGAGUCAAUUGUGGACACGAUGAUGCAACAGCUGUUAUCAAAGGAUAUUCUCCACGAACCAAUGAAAGAGAUCGGUGCAAGAUACCCGAAAUGGCUAGAAGAGCAUGAAAGCACUCUAAGCAAAGAAGAUUUCGAACGUUAUUCACGCCAAUAUGAACUGAUCAAAGAGCUCAACUUGGUCUACGAGAACGAACCAAACAAUUCGACCAAGAUCAUGGAGAUAAUGCAGAAGAUGCAGGAGUGUGGACAACCACCGAGUGAUAUAGUGCAGGAGAUGGAUCCUGGUUUUGAUUUCGCAAGUCUAGGACAAAUGUCUCCGGAUAUGCUCGAAUCUUCACCAAACUGCUGUGUAAUGUGACAGUCGAAACAGGUUUGUUGGCCUGGUCAAGCCAUUUGAUACCAUGCUUUUUUUCUUUCUCUCUAGUGCAUUGUGCAACGCAAAGCUUGUGUUUAGGUGUUAAAUUAACUUGAGUAAGUUAUUUUAUAUUGGGAUCAGUUCAUGUUCUUUUGGAUCGUUUGAUUUGACAAUAAUGUUACUAUAUUGAAAAGUGAAUUCACCAAA